CGUUUGUCAGUUUGACUUUGAAAGUAAACAUUGAAAGUUCGUUGGUCGCUUGGUCGGAUUUCCGGAGACGUUGUCAUUUAAUCCUGUGGAAUUCCACUAUUUAUGAGGUAGGCUUUUUGUAACGAUUACUUUUGAUCACUUGUGUUCAAGUACCAUGGGCAAUUACGCAAGUAAGCUGUUAUCUUAUACUAAUGAGAGUCGAAAGGAAUGCGACGAGCAACAAACAGCUGCACAGCAAGUAACUAUGGAAGACAACAGUACGUGCACACCAGUGCUGUCUGAAAAAAGAAUACUGGGUGAUCCACGCUCAGUCUCGGCAGGAAUUACAAGAACUCCUAUUGAAGUCAAGUGUACUCCAGUUGGAGUAAGCAGAGAUACACUUAGUGCAAUCCCGAAGUAUUUACAGAAAAAGCAGUAUCUUGAAACUGAUUUGGAUGUAGUAAUGCCACCACUGACGCCUAAGAAAUGUCGUAUAUUGAAAUCAAUGAACAAUGAUCAACAGUCAGAACCUGAUGAGAAUUAUUUAACGCCGAAUGUUAAUGUUGCUAAGAGUUCGAAGGUAAUUACGCCGAUAGAUAAGGAACGCUUUAUAAUUCUGGGAUUAGACCCUAGAUCUCCAGCUGCAGAUUUCGAUAGAACGCCCAUAUUAAUGCCGAGGUCUCUCGCGUUGAUAAAGGCACGAUCGCAAGAAAAUUUGAGUCGCAGAGGCAGCUACGAAACAGAUAUUUACAAUCCAAAGAACUCUCUUCAGGUGACCAGUACAUCACUUAGUAUCUCGGAAAUAUUGUUAUCUAACACAGCUUCAGAAACCCUGGAAACCCCAGAUACGGAAAAACAGGAUAAAUCACUCACUACAUCGCAGUAUGAUUCUGAUUUAAGUAUUUCCAAAAGUGAGAAGGAAAUCACGGUUAUUAAGAACUCAAAAUUUACGAAUGUGAAGGAAAAAUCGUUGAUCUCGGACGAACGGACAGUUGCAAUUGAUAAUGAGGAAGACAACAAAGACGAGACAGAAAACCAGAAUGUUUACGAAAAUAUCGAAUCUAAUACGUGGAUGAAAGACGAUGAUAAGAUUAAACUAUGGCACGAUUCACUGUCGUCGCAGGAAAGCGUAUCAGGUAAGGAGGAUCAGGAAGCGUUAUCGCAAGAAAAAGUUUCAAGGGAAGAUGUAAUUAUAACAUUUGAUAAAUAUACCACGAUUAGUACCUCUUUAAAGCUAAUAAAAACAACAGAAGAUUUUCGAAAAAAAGGAGACAUAAAAGGAAACAAGAAAAAGAAUGCUAAAGUAGAUGUUAAACUUAAUGAAGAAAAGGUUUUUACUCCUGAGAAUAAACGAGGAACUGAAAUUAAUGAGAAUCGAACACCACUUGGCAAUCGGUCUAAUAAUGGUCAAAUGCAAAAAAAGCCGCAACAGUUAUUGAGGGGCAAGGCUACGCCUACUAGAAUGCAACAAGAGAAUACACCGCCAUGUAAGACGUAUAAUGGAAAGACUAGAAAUGGAAUUCAAUGGGAUCCAAAUUCCACGGUCCUCAUUUAAAUAUUUAACAUGUUAGAUUAGCUGAUUUACGAUAUAAUAAGGAUAGGA